UCGGCCAGACAUUCAUUAGUUCCUCUCAGCUUUCGUGCGGAGAGGGACGAAGCUCUUGAGUCCCGCAGAAAGGUGUGUGACUUUGAUCAAGAGACACUAGACUGUAACAUAGUGCAAGUGGGAAGCAUUAGUCGCAUGAGUGAGGGCUGCAGGACACUUUGCACAGCCACCCUGCACUCUGAGCCUCCACGCUCGUGUAACGCUGCUUGUCAAGUGUAUUGGAGUUUCAAGCAUGAACCCCCUACCUGACUCGAGUGACAUAAACAGUAGCUCACAAAAUGCUAGUCCACAUGCGCCCCGUUCUGUCUUCGUGGAGCAAGUCUCUCUCCCUAGUGUGCCAGAGCAAGGCCCGAGAGCCACGGAACCUUUGCAGAACGGUUUUGUGCAGAACCUAAUUACUCGCACCUCCGAAGUGUUACCUGAGGAACAUGUAAAUACCCCCACCGCCUGUGACUCGACCGACCUGGACUUUAAUCUGGUAGCGUCCUGGCCCGACGAAGACAUAGUCAAUGAAGACUUCGAAACCCUCCUCAACAGAGCGUUGCAUCGCCCCCCCCAGCAGUGACUUGGAGUGAGGGAGUGGGGUAAGGGGGAGGGCCAUAGGGGGAUAGCCACCCCCUUUUUUAUGGUCGCCCUCGGUCCUUCCUCACUCGCAGGCUGAAUACCGGAUUCUCGACCCUCAAGCAGCAGCGUCAAAACAAAUGUCAUGCAUGGCCCGAGUGUGGUACUGGGUAACUGACGAGCUUCUGCUUCUCAGCGCAAAGUGCAUGCGCGCGCUUCACGAUUAACCUGAUAUGCAACGCAUUGUUUUGUAGCUCAAGUGAUAACCUCGUGCAAUGAGCGAAUUAUAUUUUUCCGAGUCUGACUCUGACCUUAACAAAGCCAGUCAUGAAUGUGAUGUAGAUUGUGCAAAAAUAUGUAUGCAUAAAAAAGAUAAAUUUUGUAUGUUUGUAUAAAAAAGGAUACUCUAAAUUAAGUUUAUAAAUAUAUAUAUAUAUAUUUAUUAAGACAAUUGUAAGAAGAUGGGAUGUCGAAUAUCCUUGUUAAUAAAAUUAUAUAAAACCAA